CUGUGCGUAAAGACGCAGAAGGAUGCGCCAGCCUUUAUUCAUUCACCUUUACAGCCACGUCAGAGUGUGUAGUGAACAGUUUGUUAAUCUUAACACGACGGUGUCCUACUAAAUGCCUCUCCUGGCAUUUAUCUUUCCCUUGGGAGGAUGCGUUCUCAAAGGGUUGCGUCAUUGGAGAGCAGAUCGCUGCUUCGCACACCGGCUGUGUGACGUCACUGCAUGUCAUGUUCAAAAGGCCUCCGACGCAGGAGUGAGUGGUACGUAUGUGGAUCCCUCGGUGUCUGUGUGUUGGUGCCGUGAAUCAAGCACCAGAGAAGACGUCCACACUACUGCUCUUCCUCUUAAAACUCCCACGCUGAGCGCGCACACCACGCCGGCGCUGAGGGACCGGAAACGGAUCCGUUUGAUCGAUCACGCCCACAGCCGCGUGCGCUACGUGAUUGGUUCUUGGCAGUCGUGACUUGGCGAACUGAUUAUGACAGUUAUGUGAUACGUAAUAGUUCCAGUCUGAGCCGCUGCAGGCUGCACAGAAGCACUGCGUGGACCUUCAGCGGGACACCCGCCUCUUCUGCCCGGUGUCUGGACCGCGCGGUGUCCCGAGCUGCACACGUGGUGGGCCGUUGUUUAAGGAGACAUUGUUCUUAAAUGGAGAGCGGACCUCAUCGUCUCUCGCGAGGCGCGUGUCAGCGCGCGUGUGCCGGUUUGAGCCGGUGAAGGGCUGCGGACACCGACCGGAAGUCAUCCCGCCGGGGCAGAAGAUGCGGCAGCACCGGCGUCACAGUCGCCCUUAUUAUCUGUGUACUGUGGCAGGUGGCACUAGGAUUCCUUUUUAAAGCAAUAAACACAAAUAGUCCGGUUACAUCAGCGAAUGACUGAAGAGCCGGUGGAAUACGGACGGGACAGGCUCUGCUGCCGGCGGCCUGCCGCAGCCAUGAGGACAUCCUAUUCCCAGCGCUGUUUGGGUCCAAAUGUUUACCCAGAGGUGCCUGAAGGUGGCUGGGGCUGGGCUGUGGCCGUGGCCUUCUUCCUCGUGGAGGUCUGCACCUACGGGACCCUCAAGAGUCUGGGUGUCUUCCUCCAAGACCUGAUGGAAGAGUUUGGGGAGAGCAACAGCCGAGUGUCAUGGGUUUUCUCCAUCUGUGUUUUCGUCUUUACCUUUACUGCCCCCCUGUCCAUGAUGCUGAGCAACCGCUUUGGCUUUCGACCAGUGGUGGUGAUGGGAGGAAUUCUCAUCAGCUUGGGAACCAUCACCUCCGCCUUCAGCAGCUCCAUCAAUGACAUGUACAUCAGUGUCGGUGUUGUCUCCGGCUUGGGCUGCUGCUUCGCCUUCCUUCCCACCGUAACCCUCCUAGCGCAGUACUUCUCCAGACAGCGAGCCCUCGUCACCUCGGUCGCCUCAUCUGGAGAAUCUUUCGCCAUAUUUGCAUUUGCUCCAGCUCUCUUUGCUCUGAAGAAACACAUCGGCUGGCGCUACUGUUUGGUGGUCCUCGGCACCUUUCAAGCUUCUGUGAUUGGCUGUGGACUUCUCCUCCGUCCAAUCAUUAUUGAGCCGGAGCCUCUAAAGGAAGCCCAACACUCCGAUUCUCUGCCUCUGAAACAGAGAAUGACUGUGUUGGAGCAGGAGAACGAACAAAGCGGGACCUCCAUGAGUUCAGAGGACUCAGGUGUCACUUCCCUCUCUACUUCCAACGAAGACGUGAGGACUGCAGGAGCUGAAAACCAGGUUCUGAUGGAGAUGGAGGUGCAGGACAUAGAGGGCAAGGAGCCGGUAGGGUCCACACCUACCACCCCAGUCAAGGCAGAGGCAGGUCCUCUCCGUCCAUCCACCUCCAAACUUGGACUGGACUUUUCAGUGCUUAAAGACGGGGCCUUCAUCUGGUACUCCCUCUUUGGCUUGUUUGCAACGCUUGGCUUCUUCGCCCCGCAGCUCUACAUCAUCGAACUGAGCAAGAGUCGGGGCGUGGAGGCCGGCGUGGCCUCCUACAUGCUCUCUGUGAUGGCCGGGGCCGAGAUCUUUGGCCGCUUGUCCAUCGGAGUGGUGUUGAAUAAGGUCCCGUGCAGGAAGACCCUGGUGCUGUUGGGCUGUGUGAUUCUGCUGUGCCUGGUGCUGGUGGCCUUCGCUCUUGUGUGGGAGUUCUGGGGCCUAGUGGUCUGCUGCGCCCUCUACGGAUACUUCAUGGGCACCGUGAGCUCCACCCACAUUCCAAUGCUGGCUGAGGAGGAUGUUGUGGGCAUCGAGAAGAUGGCAUCGUCUGUGGGAGUUUAUGUCUUCAUCCAGAGCUUUGCUGGGCUGGCAGGGCCACCACUAGGAGGUGUGUUGGUAGAUGUCACAAAGAACUACGGUGCUGCCUUCUACUCCUGUGCCGCUGGAAUGGGCCUCAGUGCCAUUUGCCUGGCUCUGGUUGGCCCGACCAAGUCUGGCAUGUGCCAAAGACCAAGCAGACACGAAGAGGAAGGCAGGAGCACAGAGGAAGAAGAGAAAAUGUCUCAGGAUAGCGGGCAGUCAGACUUUCUGGAGGUGGACUUCAGACAUGCUGCGCACCGGGACCAUGUCUCUGUAAUAUGAACCUGCUGGUCUUCACAGCUGGUUCCUGAUCGUAGGUGCCCCUGUUUCUCAUCGAGCUGUUGAGCCUUUAGCUGUUCCACCACCUCAUGUCGGUUCCAGCUGUUCGGGGCAGUCUCACAAUCCUCUGGGCAUCAGAAGUCUGAUGACCUUCAUCUCAGGAAAGAAGUGUUGUGGUCAUGGACACUGAUCAGAGCCCUGCUGAGCACGUAUCACCAUGUGAUCACAUGUGGAUCACACGACACACUGCUUCACUCCACUUCACAGUGUAAUCAUCCUGAAUGUCUUUGCCAUGCUGGCCCAUAAUGACCAGUUGCUUCUAAAUAUGAUCUGUACUGUUAGGCUGUUUUUUAAUUAAAUAUGUGUGCGAGGCAGGUACCUUUCUGUUAAGUGCUGUUCUGCUUUUAUUAAGUAGGAUCGAAAUAAAAUGUUUUGAAAUUAUUUCACCCAA